CCCACCGCCCUGCUCAGCUGAGACACCAUAUGUCCCUUCCUGCCUUCCUGCAAGCUCUCCUGCACUUGAACCCCACAGUCCUCAACAUGCAUCCAAGACAGGAGAAGCUUUGGGACAGUGAUGCCUUCUCUGUUACCAGCAGGUGAAGUGCUGAGCAGAAACCCAGACCUUCUGUCCUCCAUGCCGCUCCCCCGCCAAGGCCCCGUGAACUGUGCUCUGGCUCUAGCUGACAGGAAGAAUUUCUGGCCCCGCUGGAAGUGAGAAGAGAGAGCUGGCCCCCGAGGACCAUCCCAGAGGUCGCCAGGAUCACCCCAACAGUCCUCCAUGUGAAUCCGCCCAGGAUGCAGCAUGCCUCCCCAGCCCCCGCUCUGACCAUGAUGGCCACGCAGAGUGUCCCGCCCCCACCCUACCAGGACAGCCCACAGAUGACGGCGACUGCUCCAGCGCCCUCCAAGGCCCAAGCUGUCCACAUCUCCGCCCCUGCAGCUGCUGCCAGUACGCCUGUGCCCAGUGCCCCCAUCGACCCCCAAGCCCAGCUGGAGGCGGACAAGCGAGCUGUGUACAGGCACCCGCUGUUCCCUCUCCUGACUCUGCUGUUUGAGAAGUGCGAGCAGGCCACGCAAGGCUCCGAGUGCAUCACCUCGGCCAGCUUCGACGUGGACAUCGAGAACUUUGUCCACCAGCAGGAGCAGGAACACAAGCCCUUCUUCAGUGAUGACCCGGAGCUGGACAAUCUGAUGGUGAAGGCGAUUCAGGUGCUACGAAUCCACCUGCUGGAACUGGAGAAGGUGAACGAGCUGUGCAAGGACUUCUGCAACCGCUAUAUCACCUGCCUCAAGACCAAGAUGCACAGCGACAACCUGCUCAGGAAUGACCUCGGGGGGCCCUACUCCCCCAACCAGCCCGCCAUGAGCCUCCACUCACAGGACCUCCUGCAGAGCUCCCCCAAUUCCAUGUCUGGAGUCUCCACCAACCCCCCGGGGAUUGUGGUGGCCGCGUCCACGCUCCAGCCGGGCAACAUCGCCAUGACAACUGUCAACUCGCAGGUGGUGUCAGGUGGAGCCCUGUACCAGCCCGUCACCAUGGUGACCUCCCAGGGCCAGGUGGUGACACAAGCCAUCCCCCAGGGUAGCCUGCAGAUUCAGAACACGCAGGUUAACCUUGACCUCACCUCCCUCUUGGACAACGAAGACAAGAAGUCCAAGAACAAACGUGGCGUCUUGCCCAAACAUGCCACCAACAUCAUGCGCUCCUGGCUCUUCCAGCACCUCAUGCACCCAUAUCCCACAGAGGACGAGAAGAGGCAGAUCGCGGCCCAGACAAACCUCACCCUCCUGCAGGUGAACAACUGGUUCAUCAACGCCCGGAGGCGCAUCCUGCAGCCCAUGCUGGACGCCAGCAACCCAGACCCUGCGCCCAAAGCCAAGAAGAUCAAGUCCCAGCAUCGGCCCACCCAAAGAUUCUGGCCCAACUCCAUUGCAGCGGGGGUGCUGCAGCAGCAGGGGGGUACCCCAGGGACAAACCCUGAUGGGUCCAUCAACUUGGACAACCUCCAGUCCUUGUCCUCAGACAACGCCACCAUCGCCAUGCAGCAGGCCAUGAUGGCUGCCCAUGACGACUCCCUGGAUGGCACAGAGGAGGAGGAAGAGGAUGAGAUGGAAGAGGAAGAGGAGGAAGAGGAAGAGGAGGAGGAGCUUGAGGAGGAGGCCGGUGAACUACAGACGACAAAUGUCAGCGACCUGGGCUUGGAACACAGUGACUCGCUGGAGUAGUGGACACCCAUGGGCGCUGACCGCCGCCUCCAUGUGGGCUUCCGGCCGGGGGGAGGAGGGGACAAGGGUGGGCAGCGCCCGGGAAUGGGCCAGGAGCUCCCCAGGAGCAGCAGUGGAAGAAAUGCAGAGGGGACGCCUGCUCCUACCGUCCUCCGAGCUUCACGGGACCCCCAAGAACUCCCCCAGAACAGCAGUGAGAAUCGAACUCACCAAAUUCCCCAGGACGCACGCACCCGCUCGAGGACUUGUUGCCAGUGGCCCUGCGUGCAUGGAGGGGACUUGGGGCUGUUUGUGGGUGUCCUCUGCCCACGGACAUGCUUAUGGGGGAAGUGGGAGACUGAGGGGGACCACAUGCCGCCCCCAGACAGACGGUUCUCAGCUCCUUCGUAAGACUCGGGGCAGGAGGAUGGAUGCCCAAAAACAGAGCCAGAGGUUGGAGACGGAGGGGAAGGUUGGAGUGGGCCAUGCCAGUUGGGGGGAGGCGCCCUACACUAGCACCCCAACAAGGUUGCUAGGAGCACAUGCCUCAGGCUCAAGUAAGAAGCUAAAGGAGUCCCCCAUUCCCCAGAUUGGCUUCAAGGCCCAGGCUAGGAGCACAGGGGGCCUUGGGCAUCAUCACUGACCCAAGGUACUCCCAGGGCACAUGUAGCGCAAUGGAACUGUGGUGAUCCCCUUGGUCGCCUCACCUUCCAGACCAGCAGAGGGGUGCCAAGCCAGCUUGGGGGACCUUCCAUGCUCAGGUCUCCCCGCUCCCGACCAUGCUCUCCAACUUCAUUCUAACCUUCCAGGGAGGCAGGAGAAAUUGGCAAGAAGCAUCC